AUUUAUUGACAAGGCCCCCCUUCGCCGCCUUGUUUUUUCAAACUCUUCGACCCUUCCAGGUUCCUCCAACUCAAUAAAAACACAACACUUAUACAAAAAACCACCCUUAGUCCUCCAACAUUCCCCUCAUGGCUUCUCUCAAUUCCCUUCCCUUCAUUGCAAUCUUCCUUGUUCUUCAUCUUAGCAUUGCUAAAUCCGACUUUUUAUCACCCCUUUUCCCACCUAUCUUUGAUGAUGUAUGCAAAGAAGUGCAUUGUGGAAAAGGAAAAUGCAAGCCUUCAUCAAAUGGAACACUCCCUUAUACUUGUGAAUGCGAUAUUGGUUGGAAACAAACAGCUGCUGAUCAUGAUGAUCAUCCCAAGUUUCUCCCUUGCAUAUUUCCCAAUUUUGGAUUGUUGGUACGGGGUUGUGAUCGAUUAAUUUGCGGAUUUCAGGUACGCUUGAUACUUCUUGUGCAGCUGCUCCUUCUCCUGUGCAAGAAAAGGAAGCCAAAGCAAAUCGAUCUAUUUUUGAUAUCUGCCGUUGGACUAAUUGCGGUGGUGGAUCGUGCAACAAGACAUCACCGUUUACGUAUGACUGCAAAUGUUCAGAGGGUUAUUUUAAUCUUCUUAAUGUCUCUGUCUUCCCGUGCUACAGAGAAUGUGCGAUUGGACUGGAUUGUGCAAACCUUGGGAUCACCACGUCGAAUAAAUCUACUUCCGCAACACCAUCAUCGUCCCAAAACAAUGCGAAUAGAGCUGGGUCGAAGCUGCUAGAGAAUUGUCAAUGGGUGAUAAUGUUGGUAUUGUUGCUGGUUAUGGUAGUUUGAUUUGUAUAUAUAUAAAGCCGAUGCUCGGAGUUUCGUGUUCCAUGGAUAGCGCAAUUCGAGCAUGAAGACGAUGCAAUAUUUGUAUGUAAAUUUUCAUAUCAUAUCAAUAAACUAGCCAUUUUAGGAAGAAGGAAUCUUUUAUAGUUAGUAAUUUUGCCUUUAUGUUAUAGGAAAUUUGUAGAUGGAUUUCCACAUAGGGUUGUAUUAUUUCUUAUUAUGCCAUUUAUGACAUUUUUCAUUGUUUUUCUUUA